AUGGAGACGGCAGAGAGGAGAAGGAGCGGAACCUCCUCUAAAACAUCAAAAAAAGGUGGAAAACGUGUCAAAGCACUGACCGCUGAAGAAGAAGCAAGAAGGAGGGAGGUGGUGAAGGAGAAGCUGAGGGAGAAGUUUGAGCUGGAGAAAAGAGCUCUGAAGGUAGUGGAGCGUCUCCUGGAAGACAGUGUGGCUGAAGACUUCCUGUCUGACUGUGCCAAAUUCAUCACUCCAGCUAAUUACAAAGAUGCUAUAGAGGAGAGAUCCAUUGCUAAACUCUGUGGUUAUCCCAUAUGCCCAAAUAAACUGGGCAAGAUCCCAACUCAACAGUAUAAAAUUUCAACUAAGACCAAUAAAGUGUACGACAUUACAGAGCGCAAGUGUUUUUGUAGUAACUUCUGCUACAAAGCCUCCAAAGAGUUUGAGCUACAAAUAUCAAAGACACCUCUUUGGCUCAGGCAGCAUGAAAGCCCUCCAGAAAUUAAACUGAUGAAAAAAGGAGAUGGUGGGAGCUCUGGUGAGGAGGUGUUUCUGUCAGAGAGGUGUCUCCAAGAGGACGACAUCGAGAACCCACUGGCCAUUCAGCCCGAAGACCCUCACAACUCUCAGCAGCGUUGUCCUGCAGGUGGCCUCAGCCACAGUGACAGCAGUGACAUUGAACAAGAGCAGGACUUUGUCUCCAGUGUGGUGUCCCAGAGGCAGGGACCCAGGGUGCACUGGGGUGACCUGCCUAAACGCACAGAUGAAGAUAAGAAAGGAACGCAAGGGAAGAUACAAAGGAUAAAGAAACAUAAUGGAGAAGGAGAUGAGGAGGAGAUGGAGCAAAAUCAAAGUCAGGAUGUGAAGAAGAGCCGAAAACUGAGAGAUGAUGAAAGGAAAGAGUCACAUGCAUGUAAAACUGAAGUUAGAACUGAUGCUGAACAGCUGCACAUUAUAAAUACUGACCUGACACCGAAGGAGAAGGAGGUCUUCCCUGAGGAAUCCCGUGUGGAAGACGCUACAGCUAAGAUGAAUUUGUGCAGUUUGUCUCAGACUGCCACUCACGCUGUUUCCCUGCAUGUUGACUCAGCACCUGCACAGGCAGAACACACUACACCACUUAUUUCUCCACUUAUUGACUCAAGACCCCCAGUUGAAAGCAAACAUAUCUCUUCUUCAACAGUAAUCACCACUGAUCAGAACAUGACUGGGUUCAACAUCACCCAAGUGGGUAUGAGCAAGAAAGGAGCAGCAGGGCUACGAGAUCUUCUCAAGAACCAUACUGAUCCACAAAAACCAGACUCCAUCCGUCUGAAUCUCCUUGAGUGCCUGAGAAAAACCUUGAAGGAAUGGAGCACUGACGAGACCUUGAAGUUCCUGUAUGGUGCUGAUCAUUCACUGGGCUCUCCUUUCGCUGAUGUAAAAGAGGAGAGGGAGGAGGACAAAGAGGAGGAGCUGGAUGAAGACGACCUCGAGGAUGAGGUGGCAGUGGAGGAUAGCGUAGGGGCUGAUUCUGGGGUGCUGAAGAGGCAGUCUGCUGCAGCACCAGACUUUGGGACGCUGAGGAAAGAGACCCAGCAGCAGGAGCUCAGAGUGAGGGAGUUUUAUAAAGGCACAUGGAUUCUGCCUGAGGAGCUGGAGGCGCCGAAUGGAAACGAGCUGACAGUCCAGGACAAGGGCACGAAGGACCCAGUUCUGCCGCUCAUUGACUCUAAUGCUCAGCACCUCAUCCAGAAACGAAUUGCAGUGGAGAAGCUCACUAUUUGUCUCAAAAGCAUUGUGGGUCCGCUGCGUCUCACCAUGAGUGACGUCUCCACUGACCUGAACAGGCUGGUCAGGACAUUCAGGUUCACCAACACAAACAUCAUCCACAAAACCCCAGAGUGGACCCUCAUAGCUGUGGUGCUUCUACAUCUGUUGUCAGAGGUGUCUCCGGUGGUGCGAAAGGCCGUGGAGACGCAGGCAUCAGUGGAGUACUUGAACACGCUGAUGCAGGAGCUCGGCCUACAGGAGCAGGAUCUACUGAACUUAGUCCGGUUGUUUAAAACCCAGACACACUGACACACAAUGUCAGGCAUGGACAUAUGAAUAAUAAAUAUCACACUCUGAAUGAAUAGAAUAAAUAUAUCAGACGUUUUCUGUAAAUAUAUUUUUCAUAAAUAAAUUUGGUAGUAAUAACUGUUUAGAUAAAAACUCCUUGUUUGUUUUGUGGGGUUUUUAACUAACUUGACAACGACACAAACUCAGUCACACCACUAACUGAUCUAGGAUGUAGGAGUGGUGACUGUUGAUAUUGUGGAGCAGAAUUACUCUAUGUACACAAUCUGUGAUGAGAUAUGUGCAAAUCAGAUUCUUGAAGUCCUGGAGCUGUGCAUGUUUAACCUGUGCAGGGCGGAAUAAAUCACACCCAGCUUUUCCUAGUGAAAACGCCAUGUGGACGCGCUGCUUAUUACUACACUGGAAGAACUCCUGCUGUAAUAAAAGUGACGCUAUUUCUCCAGA